CCCCACCGCCAGACCCGCUCCGCGCUGGGCUGAGCCCCCGCUGCCGCCUCCAGCUCCUCUCGGUAGGGCUGCGCUGCCCUCCGCCCAGCGGCGACCCCCUCAACAAAAGAGGCGGGGGGGGAGCAGCGAGGCGGGGAACGGGCACACGCCGCACACCCCCGGCCCCGCCGAGCCCGGCCGCGCCGUCCGGAUGCGGUGAGCCCUGCGCUUCGCCUGCGGGGGGCCGCGGCGGCGCGGGCGGAGGAGCAGCAGAGGGAGAGGCGGCGGCUGGGCGCCACCAUGGGCUGCUGCUCGGGCCGCUGCACGCUCGUCUUCCUCUGCUCGCUGCAGCUGCUGGCAGCACUGGAGAGGCAGAUCUUUGACUUCCUGGGCUUCCAGUGGGCUCCUAUCCUUGGCAAUUUCCUACAAAUCAUAGUGGUCAUUUUGGGGCUGUUUGGCACCAUCCAGUUCAGACCUCGCUACAUCGUCGUGUACACGGUGUGGACUGCCCUGUGGGUCACCUGGAAUGUUUUCAUUAUCUGCUUCUAUUUGGAAGUAGGAGGACUUUCUAAGGAGAGCGACCUGAUGACCUUCAACAUCUCCAUGCACCGGUCGUGGUGGCGGGAGCACGGGCCGGGCUGCGUGCGCCGCGAGCUGCGGCCCUCGGCGCCUGGGGCCCCGGAGGACUACUCCUACGUCUCGGUGACAGGCUGCAUCAUCGACUUCCAGUACCUAGAGGUCAUCCACAGUGCCAUCCAGAUCCUCCUCUCUGCAGAUAUUAAUUCCCCUCCCCAAAGCCAUGUUUGCCUUUAGAACCAGAGAGCUGAAGAGGAUGGGAGGACAAACCAUGGCUGAUGUGAGGAGCUCUGAAAUGCAUGGGACUGUCUCCUCCUGCUUGCAAAUAGAUCCUCAAUCAGCUCUCCACACGUGUGGCUGAUGAGAAGGUUUUCAUUGUCUGAGUAGCUGCUGGAAAAUGGAGAGAGUCAUUUAUUCCCUGGGCAAAGUUUCACACUCAUUCUGAGUCAGGAUGAAAGAGCAGCAGAGGGAAAUGUGGGUUUGAGCCAUAUUUUAAUAAACAGAAAGCAGAGGAGAGGGAGGGGAACUGAAGGCUGAGGAGUGUCUGAGAUCAGAGGUCAUUUAUUUGAUAGGAAAGCUCUAUUAAGAGAGUUAAAGGAAUCAUAAAGCCUUUACAGAAGGAGUUUCAGAGGUCCUGUGUCUCUUCUGCAGGUUAUUGAUUCAGAGUAAAGGUGCUCAGGGUUCUGUAGCCCACAGAUUAAGCUGUCAGCAGAGAAAUAAUGGAUGUGGAAGAAAUAGAAGAGAAAAUGGUUGUGCUCCCUCACUAACCAUGGGAUGGAUCUGACCAACACGGUGAGAGAAAGAAUCAAGCACUGGAACCCAUCAGAAGCUUCAGUUCAGUACCCAUAGGGGACAGCAAGGAGGAAUCACAGAGUCACUGAGCCCCAACCAGCAACACAACCCUGCCCCACACUGCCAUGGCCACAGGUUGCUGGAAUGCCUCCAGGGAUGGGGACUCCACCACCUCCCUGGGCAGCCUCUGCCAAUCCCUGCCCACUUCUGCAGCAAAGAAAUGGAUCUGAUGGAGAGGGUCCACAGGGGACUCAGGGGGCUGGAGCAGCUCUGCUACGAGACAGGCUGAGGGAGCUGGGGGUGCUCAGCCUGGAGAAGAGAAGGCUCUGUCCUAAGUGGAUAUUUAGAGCUGCACAGCUAAAUCAUAGAGUCAUAGAAUCCAGCAGGUUGGAAGAGAGCUCCAAGCUCACCCAGCCCAACCUAGCACCCAGCCCUGCCCAA